AUGGAGAAGAGAAAACUCAGUCGCUCGAAACGCGGGAACGCCUCAGCAUGGGCGGUGGGAACGGAAGCCCCUGACCCUGGGGUUGCCGUCGGUCGACGCUUUUCUGCAGAUUGCGGGCUCUCCGAAACGGCCGACACUCAUGUGAACAGGGAGUCGGCGAGCGACAGCCGUUCCCUUCACCAGAGAAAGAGACGCAAGCUAGUGGGGGAGGGAAAAAGACAAAAGGGUGCAGAGGAAGCGGACUCUUCUGCAACUUCGUCUGACACCGUCGGACGUGGGGUGGCGACUCAGCGACGGCAACAUCCGAUCAGUCAGCAGACGGAGCAGAGAGGAGAGCGCGCGAAAGGUGACAACUCUCCCGGUGGAGUGUCGCCUCGAGCAUCUCGAGAACAGAAAAAGAGAACCGGCUCGCCGGCAGGAGGUGACGACAGGAGAAACCGCGCACAGCAAGAGAGCAGGAAGCGAAGGGGAAGAGAACUUGACAUUUUCUCCGACGACAAUGGCGAGAAAGGAAAGGGGAAGUCUUCGGGAAACAACAGAAACGCGUCUGCAGGUCGCCAAGAGAGGAAGGAACGUCCAGGUGGAAAGGCGCGAUGGACUGAUCGGGCUGUUGACGUACCUCCGGACUACCGGUCUUCACGUCUGAUUGUCAAGAACUUGCCGCCGUACAUCACGACGACGGAGCUGAAGCAAAAGCUGACGUCUCUGGGCGGGGAAAUAACCGACGUUUGUUUGUUGCGCAAUGAACGAGGGAAAAGCCGUCAGUGUGCGUUCGUCGGCUUCAAGACGCAGCAGCAAGCGGCGAAUGUCAAAGACCAUUUCCACAACACUUUUAUUCACACUCGAAAGGUCGAGAUUUCUUUCGCGCUGCCUCGUGCCACGCCCUUUUCUUCAGAACGCGGAAAAGCCGGUGCCGACACGCCGGGAGGCCCGAAGGCAGCAAACGCCAAGAAACAAGAAUCUGAAUCAGCCAAGUCUGCGUUAAGUGGGAAGAAAGUCGUGAAAAGAGAGGAGCUUCGGCGAGGCCGAGGAGAGGCGAAGGGAAAGGUAAAAGUGAUGGAGGAGGAGCCAGUGGGCGCGCGGAAGGCGGGAGUCUCGAGUGUCAGGACACGCGUGCUCUUCGACGACGGCAGUGACAGCGAGGCGAGUAGUGGACAGAACGCCUCGGGUGGAAGCGAAGACGAGAAGAAAGACAAAAAACGGACUGGAGGGGAGAAGGCGGCCGUGUCGGAAACCGCUCAGGGCACUGAAAACGCGAAAAUAGGGGACGAUGACGAAGCCGACGAUCUCGCUUGGCUCCGCCAACAGAGUGCCCGCGCCGCCCGGGAGGAGUCAGACUUCAAAGCGAACGACGGACAAGAUGAAGAUGAUCUCCACUCCAUGUCGACUGGACCGAGCAAAGCGCAGGCGGGAGAAGGUCUGGACACAUCUGGUGGAACAAAGAACGAAGAACUCGAUUUCGCACUUCUCGGGUCUCACGGCCGCUUGCUGAUUCAGAACCUUCCCUUCGCCACGGCAGUGGACGAGCUGCGUGCUUUGUGUGAGGAGUACGGAGAAGUUGCGGAGGCGCACCUAGUGGUUGAUGAAGAGACCCGUAAACCGCGAGGCUUUGGGUUUGUCACGUUUGUCUUCCCUGAACAUGCAGUCGCUGCUUUGCCGCGUUUGAACGGGUCUAUUUUCCAAGGACGUCUUCUUGGAGCUUUUCCUGCGCGGCCAGACACCACGCGAGAGCGGCGUCUGCAGCUGCGCGAAGAGCGUCGCCUGGCCCGACAGAAAAAGCUCGCUGGAAGCAGCUACAAGGCUCGGAAACUCGAACAGUUAGUCAACCAAGACGAACGCUUCGCGGAGGAAAAGGUGUGGAACUUGCUGUAUGUCUCGGCAAAUUCGGCUGCUGACGCCGUGUUGACCGAGCUGCAGGCAGACAAAGCCGCGUUGCUGUUGGACGGGGAAGACGGAGGAAGAAAAGGAAAAGUCCUCAAGGACGAGGGCGCAAACGUGGCCGGGAAAAACACGGCAGCGGCUACGGUUGCGCUCAUGGAAGCCCAUCUGCUCAAUCAGACAAAGGCGUGGAUUAAGGCAGAGGGGAUCUCGCUUCAGGCUUUCGAGCGACGCGGAAAUACACUCCUUACUGCCGCGUAUCGACAAAAUAACGAAAGAGGUCAGAACGGCAGUUGCCUGGACGCCGGUAAGGACACUGGUGACUCAAGGACCGCCAGUAGUUGUGGAGGACGAGGGGAUGCGGAGGACGGGGGAGGGAGUGACUGCACGAGGUCGCGGGACACGUUGAUUGUGAAGCACCUACCCACGGCACACGUGGACGGGGCGGAGUUGCUACGUCUUUUCGAGCGGGUCGGCCCGCUGGCUCGGUUUCUCCUCGCGCCCUCCAAAACGGUUGCCAUUGUUCAGUAUGAACGUGAGAAAGACGCCGAGGUGGCGUUUCGACGCCUGGCGUAUCGACAGUACAAAAAUGUCCCUCUUUUCCUCGAGAAGGCGCCAGUGAAUGUGUUCGUUGAAAGGGAAGAAGAAAUGCAGGCAGCGCGGAAGAGGGCCGCGGAAGAAGUUCGUGCAGCGAAGAAGCGGAAGGUGAAGGAUAUCGAGGAACUUAUAGGAAACGACGCAACUGGGGACGACUUUGAAGAGGAGGUCCAAGGGGUUAGUCUAUUCGUCAAGAAUGUUAAUUUCUCGACUUCUGAGGCGACGCUCAACGACGUUUUCGCUGGAUGUCCAGGCCUUCGCCGGACGAAACUGAUGACAAAGAAGAAAGCCAUAACGAGCAAUGCCACCGGAAGCACAGAGAACGGAGAUGACCCACAAUCUGCCGCUUCGCUGUCCAUGGGUUACGCCUUUGUUGAGUUCGAUUCGGCGGCGAACGCUCUGGCGGCGUGUAAGCGCAUGCAGGGCGUAGUCGUGGAUGACCACGUGCUGCAAAUCUCGAUUUCCAGGGCCUCAGGUGCACAUCGGAGAGUGCCUGGAACGGGAGCGAAAGCGCGGGGUGGAGCCAGCAGCGCGGGUGGCAAGGGUCACCAAGCUCAAAGCAACAAAGUAUUGGUCAAGAAUUUAGCUUUCCAAGCCUCUGCCUCCGAUCUUAGAGGCCUCUUCUCGGCGUAUGGAAAUGUCACACGCGUUUGCAUCCCUAGGCAGCACGAGGGGCGCAGCAGAGGCUUUGCGUUUGUCGAUUUCGCCACAAAACAAGAAGCACAGAACGCAGUCGAUGCUCUUAGUGGCAGCCAUCUGUAUGGAAGAAGACUUGUCCUCGAGCCAGCAAAUCAGGAACACGUGUCCAAAAAGGCAGCGAUCUGA